UUCUCAGUUCACUCGCUCGCCCGAGCAUUUGUGUUCCCUCUCGGCUCCCAGGCUCCCAACCCUCAUUUCUCGCACCGUCGCUGGCAGCGGAGCUCCGACCAUGGCGGCGAUGAACUGCUUCUCCGCCUUCAUCACCGGCAAGCCGGCUUUGUCCGUGCUUCCCCGCCGGGCUCGUCUGCCCGCCGCAGCGCUGCCGUCGAGUAGAUGGCCAGCCGCGGUGGUGCUGCGCGCCGCGGCGGCGUCCAAGACCACGAUGGCGGAGGUGGUGCCCGGGGCGGCGAAGAAGAGGCAGCCCAGGGGUAUUACCAAGCCCCGGCCCGUCUCCCCCGAGCUUCAGGCGCUGCUGGGCGUCAAGGAGAUCCCCCGCACCCAAGCCCUCAAGCAGAUAUGGGCCUACAUCAAAGAGAACGGACUCCAGGACCCAGAGAACAAAAAGGUGAUAGUGUGUGAUGAGAAGCUAAAAAAAAUAUUUGGAGGGAGAGAUCGUGUUGGCUUUCUUGAAAUCUCAGGAUUGCUGAAUCCUCACUUUUUGAAAUGAAGAAUCGUCUAGAGAGUUGGUUUCUGUACAUGUAUGGCUCCAGGUUUAUCUCUAUUAAAGCAGGUGGAAUCGAACUGUUGUCACACUGCACAAUCUAGUUCAGCAUACUUCCUACUCUUUGUUGGCAAUGGUUUAAUAUGUUCCAUGUAUCUGUUACAGACUACAGACUUUUUGGUCCUGUCUGGUUCUUUACAUGUUUGUUUCUCAGCAUACCGAUGCUAUUAGUCAGGGCUAUGUAUAUGCCUGCACGCGCACUUGGUUAUUUAUCCAUUUAUGCAUCCUCUGUGCUGAGCUCAAUCACUCAGGUACUCAGUUUUAUGAAUUUUUGAGUCUUGGUCUCUUGGAAACUGUACAAC